GUGAGCAGCUUGUUUGCGAUUGAGAAUUAAAAAAAGACGAACCCGAAAAAUUCUUUCAUUUACAGACAAAUUCUGUUUGAUUUUGGAAAAUGGGAAGAUUUAAAGCAUAUAUAUUGAAAUUAAUAGUAUGCUUGGCAGUACUGACUGUGAAACAGGCACUUCCGGAGCGUUCUUUCACCAUCGACUAUGACAAUGACACGUUUCUGAAGGAUGGUCAGCCAUUCCGCUAUGUCUCGGGGAGCUUCCAUUACAGCAGAGUUCCAGCUUUCUAUUGGCAGGAUAGAUUGGAUAAGAUGAAGAUGGCUGGAUUGAAUGCUGUUCAGACGUAUGUAAUAUGGAACUUCCAUGAGCUCAAGCCAGGAACGUUCAACUUUGAAGGUGAUCACGAUAUCGUCUCAUUCCUGAAGAAGGCCAAUGAUACAGGUCUAGCCGUCAUUCUCAGAGCAGGACCAUACAUCUGUGGUGAAUGGGACUUGGGUGGUCUACCUGCAUGGCUUUUGGACAUCCCUGGCCUCGUCCUCAGAUCAUCAAAUGAUUUAUACAUGGCUCAUGUCACGCAGUGGAUGAAUUACUUCCUGCCAAAGGUCAAGCCGUACCUCUACGCCAACGGAGGUCCUAUAAUCAUGGUUCAGGUUGAGAAUGAGUAUGGAAGUUACAAGACGUGUGACCACGCCUACCAGAGAGAACUGUACCAUUUGUUUAGGAAGAACCUUGGUCCAGACGUAGUUCUCUUUACCACAGAUGGACCUAAUGAUCACAUGCUACAGUGCGGUUCCCUGCAGGAUAUGUACGCUACCAUAGACUUUGGUUCAGGCUCCAAUCUUACAGCAGUUUUCCAAGAAAUGAGGAAAUUUGAACCAAAGGGACCAUUAGUAAAUUCAGAAUUUUAUACAGGCUGGCUGGACCACUGGGAGCAACCGCAUCAGACGGUGGAAACAUCAGCCGUCUGUACAUCACUUGAUAAGAUGCUUGCUUUAGGUGCAAAUGUGAACAUGUACAUGUUCGAAGGAGGCACUAAUUUUGGUUUCUGGAAUGGAGCUAAUUACGGAGGCAACAUGUACAACCCCCAACCAACCACCUAUGAUUACGAUGCACCACUGACGGAGGCAGGGGACCCUACCCCAAAGUACAUUGCGAUUAGAAACGUCAUUGGCAAGUACCUUCCUCUGCCACCUGGACCUGUACCCCCUCCAACAAAGAAAUAUCCCUACGGUGUGGUGGACAUGGCCUUCACAGCAACUAUCUAUGAUGUCUUAGAUCAGCUUUGCCCCUACGGACCGAUCUACGCAGACUAUCCCAUCACCAUGGAAACCAUGAAGCAGUAUCAAGGAUUCAUGCUGUAUCGUACCCAGCUAAUACAUAACUACACAACUCCUACCAACCUAACUAUAGAAGGAAUCCGAGAUCGAGGAUACAUCAUUGUUGAUCAGGUCUGGGUUGGAACAUUGAACAGAAAUAACGCAACCUCAAUGAACAUCACAGGGAUUGAAGGGAUGACCCUCGACAUCCUCGUAGAGAACCAAGGCCAUAUCAACUAUGGGUCAGGAAUGUUUGAUCCCAAGGGCAUCAUCAGUAAUGUCACAUUAGACGACACCAUCCUUGCAAAAUGGUCCAUCUAUUCCUUGGACUUGGACAAUGUCCUUCCCAAACUCCAAGCCCUCCGUCUUCAGCAGAGCCGCAAGACUGGGAACUUCAUCCAAGAGAGGGCGCCCCACUGGAAAGAUGGUGGUUACAUACCAUCAUUCUAUCUUGGGUCAUUCCCCGACCUUACAGCAGUAGAUCCACCACAGGAUACGUUCCUCAAGACUAGUGGCUGGACCAAGGGCCAAGCCUUCAUCAACGACUUCAACCUGGGUCGGUACUGGCCUCUCGCUGGACCUCAGAUCACCUUGUUUGUUCCUUCGAACCUGAUAAGACCAAGUCCAGCCAAGAAUACGGUCUUUCUUUUAGAACUUGAGAGACCACCAUGUUUAAAUCAGACGGAACCUUGUACGGUAGAGUUUAUAGACCGACCGAUCAUCAAUGCUACUGUCAGCUCUGAUCUUCAUGAUGCAUAUGGGAACAAAAUCUGAAGGGCAUGCUUUCACUAACAUCUCACAUUGAUUUUAUGAUGUUAUAUUUAAUAAUAAUCCAAUCCAUAUUUUAUUGUGUAAAAUAGAAAUCAGAAAAAGCAAUCCUUCAAAAAUUCAUUUUGCCCAAUUGAUUGUGGGCCUGAGCAGCGCCAGAUUAACCUUGCUCUAUCCCUAUAAGAAAUUGUUGAACACUAAAGGUCUUUUUGGUCUGAUACAGCGGGGGCUUGACCUUCCGGUUGUGAGGCGGACGUUCUACCAACUGAGCCAAUACAAUGUUAUGGCAAACAUCAAAGUUCAUCUCUAGUAUGUAGUUGCGAAAUUAAUAUUGUUCUCAUACUGUAUUCCUUUCCCCGCAAGAUCCUUGAUGUAAAAGAAAUUUGGUAGGACCCUGAUUUCAUGGAGUGGUGUUAUCCCGUAGAGGAAACCUUUCAUUGUUUUAAGUCAAUGUACAGCCAAGGGCACGUUGCAUGAAACUUUUGCCAUAAAAAACUCAGGGGAAUUUUUUGCCAGAGUUAUUUAAUGUGUAAUUUUCAGUGGCACAAUUUUGUUUGCCAGAGUUUUUUUAUGGCAAAAGUUUUAUGCAACGGGCCCCGUGACAUUGUCUGACAAUGAGUUUGAGUCAUCCAAUCAAUAUCAACUAUGUGGUAACAUGGAAUCCUUGCUUUUGAUUGGCUGUUGCAUAUGGUUGCCAUGGAAGUUACCACUGAACGGUUAAGUUACCAUAACAAAUUUUAUGCAAUGUGCCCCAGGUCUACUAUCUUUUUCCUGGCCAAUCAAAAGCAAGGAUUCCAUGUUACCACAGACUGUAUGGCAAGUUACCAAUAUCAGUAUCUUUUAUGCAACAAGUCCUAGCAUAAUCUUACCUCAUAUCUUUAUUCAUCUUGAAAGGGGAAAGAAAGCUGCACACAAUCUUAAUUUUGCCUGUCUUACUACUGACCAACUAAAAAUGAUAACUUUGGUGAUGUACUGUAGUUAGAUCUUGCCAAAAUUGGCUUUGAUGUUUCUCUAGUCUUACUGUGCAAAAUCAGUUAUGCAUGUUGCUAUUAUUUUAAUUGGUGUUUUGAUCAUGAGGCUGUCAUUUAUUUAUGCAGAUAUAACCAUAUUAUUGGUUCAUGAAAUAUAUGCACCCUUUGUUUUUUGGUUUCAAAAUGAUUUUCUUACUUUUUAGUUACUUCAUGCAAGUACCGUUUAUUUUAGCCUCCUGAUUUUUUUUAUCAUACAGUACUAUGAUUUUCUCUAUAACUAAUGAAAACACGGAUGAAUCAGGUUAAAACUGCUAGGUUUCUAUUUAUAUUAUAAAAUCUGUCAGAUAUCUAAAUAUGCUAAAACUUUACACUGUAUACUACACUUCAGGCUUGUAUAUAUUUUUUACCAGUGAGUUUCUAUUCAAAUAAUUAUUUUUCAAAUUAUUUGGAAGAUCAUGCUUAUCUAUACAGGAGUUUGUGUAUUAAUUUUUUGUAAUGGAUCUAUUCAAAUUUCAUCACAGGGUGCGAAGCAUUAUUUCAAACCAGGUUUAAAAAAAAAUUACAUUUUUAUUUUCUGGGAAAAGUAAAAACUGAAAUACGUAGAAGUAAUGAAUUUAAACGUAGCUACAAAUUCUGUAUGGUACCCAAUUGUCACUGUGCAAUGAAAAAAAGAAGAAAAGAAAGAAAAGAAACAUGGAAGUUGGUGCAGGAGGUAAUGUUUGGAUUGGAGACCAUGUUGAUUAAUAGGGCUUAGCGGGUGUUGCAAGAAUAUAUUUGCAAUCAAUUGCAAAUUUACAAGUGAUGGAUUAAUUUCAACAAUUAGAAACCUGUAGAUGAAUUUAUUUUUGAUGAUCCAUGAAGCAGACAAGCAAUUAAUCUUAUUAAUUUGUUGGAUUAAAAGACGUCUUUUAAUUGAUUUUAAGACCUAACAUUGAUUGCAAGGUUUUUGCAACACCCGAUUAGGCAUACUGUUAUGGAUUAUGAUCUAGAUUGAUGUCUUUAUUACUUUCAAUUCAUUUCAAUUUGUAGUGUAUUUGUAGUUAUUCUAUUAAUAGAAUUGUCUUAAUUCUUAUUACUUUGAUGAGAAAAAAAUAUUUGUGCAUAUUUUUUUUUGUCUGCUAUUAUGCCUAUGUGUUUACACAUGUAUGUGUAUGUAAAUUUGGAACUGUAUCUGUAUUCAUUUAUGGAGGUUGAUUUUUUUAUGUAGUAAAUGAUGCAUGGAAAUGGUGAUGAAAAUAAUGGCAAAUCAAAUGCAAAUUUGAUCAUUGUAUAAGAUCAAGUUUUAGGGUACAUCAACAAAAAGCUGAUCUAAGUUUUAGCUGCCAUAUUUAGCUGGGAUCCCGCUGUGUCUUUUUCAGUUUCUAAUCCUCCAGUUUUUCCAAAGGAAAUAAAACCCUCUUGGUUCUUUAUACUCUGUAUAUGUACUUAAAAAGUAAACAUUAAAUAAUGAAUAUUUUUAUGACAAAACAGUUGUGUAACUUCUGAACUUGGUUUCCAUGGCGAAGAAGAAAAGUGUA